UGAAAUCAACAAAUGAAUGCCACGCUAAAUAGUUAUAUGUGGUUAUAAAUAUACACAAAAAAAAUUUGUACACAUAAAUCCGUGAAAUCCUACCCUUUUCACAUGUUAGCUUGAGUAAAGCUCCAUUCUCUCCUCAACUACUAGUUACAUAAUUAAUUUCAUAUCUUCAUUUUUUUUUCUUUUGCUUCUUUUUUUUUUCUAGAUCAUUAAUUUCUCACUGCCACUAUUAAUUUAUAUAAAUAAAUACUCAAAUCAUUGUUCUCUUUUAUACUCAAAAAAAAAACAAAAAUUGAAAAUCAAUAAAUAAAAAAGUUCUCCAAGAGUGAUGGAAGGUGAAGGUGAAUCAAGUGCGAGUGUUUACGUUAGACAACCUCUUUUGGAGAAUGAUUUGCAAGAUGAUAUUAACGCCCUUUCAGGUGAAGGUGAAUCAAGUGCGAGUGUUAAGUUUGUUCAAGAAGGUGAUGCUUCGUUUGCGAAGACGCUCUUCAAUGGCCUCAACGCCCUUUCAGGAGUUGGAAUACUAUCAGUACCAUUUGCUCUAGCAUCAGGGGGUUGGCUUAGCUUGCCAUUACUUUUCGCCAUUGCCCUGGCAGCAUUUUAUGCCGGUUUGCUGAUUAAGCGAUGCAUGGAAGUUGAUCCAAGUAUCACAUCUUUCCCUGACAUAGGAGAACGCGCAUUUGGGAAUGUUGGAAGAACAGUUGUAUCAGUGUUUAUGUGUGCAGAGCUGUACUUUGUUGUAACAGGUUUCUUGAUUAUCGAAGGAGACAAUUUACAUAAUCUAUUUCCUGAAAUGAACUUCAGCGCUUUUGGCCUAGAAGUUGAAGGAAGAAAAAGCUUUGUAAUUAUUGUUGCACUUCUUAUUACUCCUUCUGUUUGGUUAAGUAACAUCAGUGUUCUGUCUUACAUCUCUGCUACUGGUGUUCUCGCUUCUGUUGUGAUCAUUGUAUCGGUUGUAUGGGUUGGUGCAUUUGAUGGUGUCGGAUUCCACAACAAAGGGGAGCUUCUGAAUUGGUCAGGGAUCCCUACGGCUGUCAGCUUGUACGGCUUCUGUUAUUGUGCUCAUCCUAUUUUCCCAACCCUUUACCAUUCGAUGAAGAAAAGACAUAACUUCUCUAGGGUACUAUUACUAUGCUUUGUCUGCAUGACCAUCAGUUAUGCAUCCAUCGCGAUAUUGGGCUAUCUGAUGUUUGGUUCAAAGUUGGAUGCAGAGAUAACUCUGAACCUUCCAAUUGGUAAACUGAGCUCGAAAGUGGCAAUAUACACCACAUUGGUCAGUCCACUUUCAAAAUAUGCACUGAUGUUAGAACCAGUUGCAAGUGCUACUGAGAGCUGGUUUCCGAAUUACCACAAAAAGAGAUCCUUCAAAAUUCUCAUCCGAACAGCUCUGGUUGCUAGUCAAGUUAUCAUAGCAUUGACAGUUCCUUUCUUUGGACAUCUUAUUUCUUUGGUUGGAGCAUUUUUAAGCAUUACUGCUUCAAUUACAAUCCCAUGCUUGUGCUUCUUGAAGAUUUCAAGUUCUAGCGUUGGAAGCGAGCGUUCUAUAAUCAUUGCAAUUAUAGUGUUUAGUAUAUUGAUUGCGAUAUUUGGUACCUACACCUCUUUGGUACAUCUAAUACAUGGUAAUGUCUUGCCAUACUAACCUUAAUUUGUAUGAAAAUCUAUGAAAAUAUUGCUUUUUUUUUUUGCACAUUAUAUUUUUUAAUGUAUGCAAACAUAACUUUAUCCCAAGUUAUGAAGUUUUUCCCCAAGUGUGACAACUAGGAUAGUUGACUCUCGGAUCACUCUACACAACAUGUUGGUUGUAUAAAUUUUGCUUUAGGGUUUCAUAUAGAAGAUCUAGAUUAUUGUAUCUUUUAGAUUGAGUAUAUGAAUGACAAUAUUAUAAACUUUUGAU